AUGCGAAAUUUCAACACCGGCGGCGUGUGCACGUACGGCCUCAACACCCAGGCCGGGCACAUGUUCGAACGCAGUCAGAGCGAUUUGCGGCAGCGCCGCUUUGGUCAAGCACGAGGGAUUGCAAGCGCAGGGGCCGUGAAGAGGCCUCGCGACCAGGACAAAGACAGCGACGACCUCGUCCAGCACCGACCCGAGCGCCGUGCAGUGCUGGUGGACGGACUGAAACGGAUGCGCGUCUCGUCUCCUGUCGAGUCGCCGCUCACGAGCGACGUGGACUCGGACAUGACGGACGAAGAGGCGGCGACGCCGCGCUCAACGUGGCACGCAAACAAGGCGCUGGUUCCUGUAGCGGCUUUGGGCGGGAAGAAUAGUCAGCGGCCGUUGCAGUACGCGCUGUCAGCUGCAGUGGAGCAGCAGCCGUGGCAUGUGAAGGAGUUGAUGACGACGGAGCGAGCGAUGGGACGGACGUGGCACGACGGUCCGUGUCGAGCCUUGGUGGUGUUUAAUCCGUACCAGUCGCCGGCGCUGGCAGGUUCGGCAUCGAGGGUGGAACUUGUAGAGGACGACGAGAGGGCGGGGGACGUGGACUCGACGUCGGAGAGCGGCGACGAGCACGUGGUGCGGUUUGAGGAGCUGUCGUCAGAUAACGACGAGCCAGUGGACAUGGACAUUGAUGACUGA